CCCAGCAAUCACAACAACCGUCUUGUUUUUUUCACAGCCACGCCUUACCUUUCUCCAGGUGAAUAAUAUAAAAAAAUAGUAAAGAAAUUUUGUGUUUGUCUCCGUCUUCUGCGACAAAAACCAAUUAUUCUUUUAAUCUUUUUUCUUUUCGACGUCAGAAUCUCAAGAAUAAAAAAUGCAGGCUCAACAAGGCAGGCAAGGAAGAACUAGAACCCCGAGUUUGGGUGGUGCAAGCUCAAUCUACUCUUACGCCAGCACAACCAGGACUAUGUCCAGGUCCAUGAAGUCUUUACGAGUAGCUUGGUAUAAAAAGCCCAUAUUGCAAGAUGCAUUUUUUACUGAUAUUCAGACUGGAUCUAUGAUAACAGCCAUUUUCUCAAUGGUGAUAAGCCUGUUCACCAUUGCAACAGCAGUGCUAGAUAUUUACUGUCUGGGAAUGACAAAACCUGGAGUCACCCACUAUGGUUACUACAUCAUGAGCUUUCAAUUUGUGUAUGUUGGCAAUGGUAAUGUCCGUAACACUCUGAUUGUGUUUGCCUUGUUUUCUGCCAUUGCUGCAGUGGCUCUGUUUGUGACUAGCUGCAUCCUGCUCAAGGCUCUUCGCAAAGAGAUUGAAAAGGAAAUGGUUCCAUGGCUUUUUGCCUCCGGCGUAUUUUUUGUUUGGCGUACCAUCGCCAUUAUUUUUGCAUCGGUUGUUAACGACAUGAUAUUCGGUUAUCAUAUUGCUAUGUGCCUGUUUUGGGUUGCUUUCAUUUUACUCGGGGCUUUGGGCUGGGUCAUCGUAUAUUCUCUUUAUUUAGAGUUAAGUGACUUAACUAAACUUGAAGACCUGGCUCAUUUACGUAUGGGCACAAUGAGUAGUCUUAACAUGACGCAAUCUAUUGCUGGAUCAAGACCAACGACACCACACAGCACAGUCUCAACUGCACAAGUGGUCUGAUUUUGUUUUGCAGAUCUCUCAAAUUCUUUAAAUCGUUCCAAAUAAUUUCAUUCCGUCCACUACAUUUGUAAUAACCAAAGGAAUCUCACUUCCUUUCUUAACGACUUUUCUCGCCAUCGCCCAUAAGUUGUAUAGAGUUAAUUAGCUUGCAUGUCCUCCUUCUUUAUCCUAAACUGAUAUCGAGGAAAAUAGAAGGCGUAUGAAUUUUUA